UAACCAGCAGGAAGUUUGGGGCAUAGGCACGAGAGAGCCACCUAGGUUUUAAAUAAAUGGAAGACACAGAAGAGGAAAACAAUGGAGGAGGAGGAACACGUGAACAGCAUAAAUAACGGGGCCUCGAAAGCCUUGCUUUACUCUUAAUGGCUCUGCUUUGGAUAAGGUCUUUGGACAACAUUUUGCCCAAAAUGCUUUGAUUGUGGCUUCUCUUUCAAAAUUAACCUUGCUCGUUUUGUAAAAUCGAAAAUUUUCAUCGAAAAACGAAGCAUGCCUAGGAUGAUUUACGGUGCAUGUUAUCUGAAGGGAACAUGCUUUUUCAUAUCCGCCAAAUUGCAAGCACUCAUCCAACAUGCUCUAGUCGCUGCCGCUAACACUAAGUAUUGUUGAUAUGAUUGAAUUAUACAUGUUGAAGUAUAAUUUACGACUUCUAACAAACGAGGUAUGCUCAAUUAUUUCCCCGCUGAGAUUAAACAUCUACUGCUUCAAUGGCGUUGGGAAAACCUAAAAAAGAAACAGAACAAGAGAUCCAUAGAUAAGACAGCUAAAAAGUUGUCUGUUAUUCCUGUUUUGCGGUUCGUUCAUUAUCUUAACUUGGACCAGCCCGCCACUCGUGGGUCCUAUCGUUCUAUUGCACUGCACUCCCCAUAAACCCAUUACCCACGAAUCAGCCGUUCUCCUCUUCUCUUCUCUUCUCUUCUCCAUCCUUCCCUAUCUAUCUCAAGUUCCUUCUCCCCUCACUAAAUCUGAUCUCAUCCUUCCCAAGUCCAAACUAACCACUUGUCGUCUCCUUCCCCCAAGAUCUGACCUUUCUUUCAUCCUGCUCCAUCUUUGGCGUUUCUGUUUAACUCAUUUGUCUCUCUGUGGUUGGUUCCUUCCCUUCCUCCAACCGCCAUUUCAUUGCAGGUACGUUGAUGUUUUUCUUUUUCUGGAACAAUGUUGCCUUUCCCCUGUUAUUUGUUUUUUUUUUUAAUCUUAUGUCCCCUUUUCCCCUUGUCGAUUCCAUGACGUCUAUUUUGUUGCUGUUCGCUUUUAGUGUUCUUCUCCCUCAUGGGUCUUGCUGGAAAUUGCCAAAUGUGGACUGGGUUUCUGUUUUCUUUCAAAAGAUCUCAUGAAAUCUGGUACCUUGGUGUUCUGCCAUUUUAUGGUUCGCCAUUGACUGUUCCGUCGAAAGUUACCAUUUUUUUUGUUCCCGUCUGAAAUUGGUGACUUCCCCAUUUGCAUUGACGUUGAGCUACGCAUUGCUCAGUAUGUAUUGCGUUUUAUUAUAUCUGGCUGCUUGCUGGAAAUUGCUAGGUUUCUCACGUUUCGCCUCUGCAAUUGGAUAGUUAGCUCCAACAUUGUUCUGUGGUAUGAAAGGUGUCAUGUUUCAUCUGAAGUUUCUUCGUUUCCUGCAAAUCUUCACUUGGGUUUUGCCAAUUUCUUAUGUAGCGUGGGAAUGACGAGGAACUAAAGGAAAAUGGGGAAGAAAUCAAGUUGGUUUUGUUCUCUAUCUCUCAGUUCUUCCAGGAGAUCAAAAUCGAAGAAGGGAUUUAGCACAGCAAAGAGUUUGGACUCGAUUGUUACAACCUACGAAGAUCUCCCUACAUUUGCCGUUCCAACCACUCCUCCAUCUCCUGCUGCCCCUCCACCACAUCCAGCGCCAUCUCCACCACCACCACCACCUCGACCUCCUGCUGUGAAAUUAACUGAAGCUGAGAAUGAACAGAGCAAGCACGCCUACUCCGUGGCACUUGCCACUGCAGCCGCCGCCGAGGCAGCUGUUGCAGCUGCCCAGGCUGCAGCAGAGGUGGUUCGACUCACAAGUGCAGUUCGUAGUGUCGGUAAACCAAAGGAGGAGAUAGCAGCAAUCAAGAUACAGACCGCUUUUAGAGGUUACUUGGCUAGGAGGGCGCUGCGGGCUUUGAGAGGCUUGGUGAGAUUGAAGACAUUGAUACAAGGUCAAUCUGUGAAAAGACAAGCAGCUUCAACGUUAAGAGCCAUGCAAACUCUUGCUCGAUUGCAGUCUCAGAUACGUGUAAGGAGGAUCAGAAUGGCAGAGGAAAAUCAGGCCGUCCAGCGACAAAUCCAACACAAACGUGAGAAGGAGCUUGAGAGACUGAGAUCCUCUAUUGGAGCUGAGUGGGAUGAUAGCUUGCAGUCGAAAGAACAAAUUGAAGCCAACUUACUCCACAAGCAAGAAGCUGCAGUUAGAAGAGAAAGAGCACUGGCUUAUGCCUACACCCACCAGCAAACAUGGAAGAAUUCGUCGAAGAAUGGAACCGCAACAUUCCUGGAUCCAAACAAUCCACAAUGGGGCUGGAGCUGGUUAGAGAGAUGGAUGGCUGCUCGGCCAUGGGAGAACAGAAGUGCGGUGGACAACAACAAUGACCGACCAGCAUCUCUUAAGAGUGCACCAAGCCGCACCAUGUCUCUGGGCGACAUCAGCAGAGGUUAUUUGCUUCGCGAUCUCAACAGGCCUUCCCGAAGUGGCCACAGAUCGAGCAGUAAGCCUCCAAGUCGUCACUCACCUUCUACUUCAAAGGCUCCAUCGAUAUCAUCAGUAACUGGGAAAUUAAGAGGACCGAGUCCCAAGGGCAGCAGCAGCAUUUGGGGUGGGGAUGAUGACUCGACGAGCAUGCACAGUGUCCAGUCUGAGAUUCGGUACAUGAGGAGGCACAGCAUAGCAGUGUCAUCCGUCAGAGAUGAUGAGAGCCUUGCAAGCUCACCUUCAGUUGUUCCGAGUUACAUGGGGGCAACACAGUCUGCAAAGGCCAAGUCGCGGUUUUCAAGCCCGAUGGGUGCAACAAAGGCUAAGAAUAAUUGGGCACCAGAGAAGGCAUCUGUUGCAUCAGCAAAGAAGAAGCUCACAUUCUCUCCUUCCUCGGCUGGACUCAGGAGACAUUCAGGUCCUCCGAAGGUCGAUGUUACCCUGUUGAGGAACUUUGAGGCUGGUCACGUGGAGGGCCAUAUCAACAAUGGGGGAAUGUCAAUGUAGCAGUUCAGAUGUCUCAUUUAGGUAGGAGUAAGAAGGAUUAAAAAGGUAAGAGAAAGAGAAGGAACUGAGAAUGUUGGUUAAGAAGAGUAUUUCAGUCUUUGGUUUCUGAUCUUUCUCAUUUCAUCAGUUAAGCAUAAAGGGGAUGAGUUGAGAAUAGGGAGGAAGGGGUUGGAGGAGAAAUAAAAGGCUGUCUACUUUGUUGUAGGAAAGUUGUGUCCUUGUACUUCUCUUUUUCCCAUUACCAUCAAUCAACAUACAUUUGCCAUUUCUUUGUUUAACAAGAAUGCAGUGGGUUUACUAUAAGCCAGGGAAUGGUGGUGUUGAGGUUGUAGCCUUAUAGGAUUAGCUUUGGGAGGAUUUGGGAUCUAAUCAUUUGUUCAGUUUAAUGGUCAAUAUUUUCUGGCAUCUUCUUUCCUACAACCUCUGACAAGAAAAAUAAUUCCUCUAUUGAACC